AUGGCCUCCCGCAAGCUCAACGUCCUGGUCUAUACAGGUCCCGGCACCACGACCGAAUCCGUCCGCCAUGCCAUCUGCACCCUCCGCCGUCUCCUGACUCCCAACUACGCCGUCACGCCCCUCCCAGAAGCCGUCCUCCUCAACGAACCCUGGCCGCAAACCUGCGCGCUUCUCGUCAUCCCCGGUGGCGCCGACCUCCCCUACUGCAGAUCCCUCAACGGCCCCGGAACUGGUCGCAUCUCCGACUACGUCCGCGGCGGGGGUGCCUAUCUUGGCCUCUGCGCCGGGGGUUACUUCGGCUCUGCCCGCUGUGAGUUCGAGGUGGGGAGCCCCGAGAAAGGCAUGGAGAUCGUCGGCCCGCGGGAGUUGGCCUUCUUCCCUGGCACCUGUCGCGGGGGCGCGUUUUCCGGCUUCCGGUACCAUUCUGAACACGGUGCUCGGGCGAUGAGGUUGAGGAUAGAGCGCGAGGCCUUCGCUGAGGAAAAGGCAUUGCCGCCCGAGACGUUGUCGUACUACAACGGCGGCGGCGUCUUCGUCGAUGCCAGGUCGUUCAAGGAUCAGGGAGUCGAGGUUCUUGCGAGUUACGAUCGGCCCAUGGAUGUUGAUGGAGGGGAUGGCGAGGCUGCGAUUGUGUGGUGCAGAGUGGGCGACGGAGCUGCUAUCCUCAUGGGUCCUCAUCCAGAGUUCGCCCCCGAGUAUCUCUUUCCCCAACCGGAUGUGCCGCAAUACGACCAGUUGAUUAGGGACCUCGAAGCAGAGCAUGCCUCGCGGACGGCCCUUCUCAGGGCCUGUCUUCGCAAGCUGGGCCUCGACGUACCGGAUACCGACGCUCAUAUUCCCUCCCUGUCGAGCUUGCAUCUCUCAUCGCUCCACCACAGGGAAGUCGAGGACCUGCUUCACGAGUGGGGAGGCAUCAUCACGCUCGAGGACGGCAACGAGUACGUCCGCGCCGAAACCGACACCUUUCGCAUCGAUCGCGAAGGCCGAUGGUCACUCAAAGACUUGAAAGAAAAGAAUCUCCCGAGCACGAAGGACGACAACGACGACUACGAUGACGACAAGGGCAGGCUCUCGGCGGACGGGUCGGCCAUCGACUAUAGCCAUGUCGUCAAGGACAUCGUGCCGCACGACCGCGCCUGGCCUGACGAGGCAGCCACGCCUGAUUUCGACCACGGCUUCUUCUACCAGUGUUUGCGGGCCUACCAGCUUAUGGAAGACGGCGUCGGCGAUUGGGGUCGGCUCUUGCUCUACGGAAAGGUGGUCACUAGUACCAACACGCUCGUUGACAAGAACCCGAAGCUGCUCGCGACGCUGCCCACUGGUUUCACAAUCACUGCGACACACCAAGUCGCCGCCAGAGGCCGAGGUGCCAACGUCUGGGUUUGUCCGGUUGGCAGUCUCCUCUUUUCCGCCGUCAUCCGCCACCCGGCCCAUCUGGCCGCCUCGCGUCCCCUCGUUUUCCUACAGUACUUGGCGGCCAUCGCCGUCGUCGAAGCGAUUCAGACGUACGAUCAGGGGUACGAGGAAAUGCCCAUUAGGAUCAAAUGGCCGAACGACGUUUAUGCCCGUGACCCUAGCUCAUCCCCCUCGAAACCGUCGUACGUCAAAAUCGCCGGCAUCCUCUCCACCUGCACCUACACAGCGGGGAGCUACACGUGUGUGAUCGGCAUCGGAAUCAACGCCGCGAACCCGCGUCCGACGACCUCCCUCAACGACCUCCGCCCGCCCCACCUUGCCGCCUUCCGGCUGGAGAAGCUCCUGGCCCGCCUGCUGACGCGCCUGGAGUGCCUCCACGGCGAAUUCCUGCGCGACGGUUUCGCGGGCAGCAUCGAGGAACGGUACUACCGGCACUGGCUGCACGGGGGACAGCUCGUGACGCUCCAGGACGAAGAGGGCGGCGAGGAGGGGGGUCCGGCGAGGGCGCGCGUGAUCGGUAUCACGCGCGACUGGGGCCUGUUGCGCGCCGUCGAGGUGGAUGCGGACGGACGCGCGACGGGGAGGGCGUGGGCGCUGCAGAGCGACGAAAACAGCUUUGACUAUUGGAAGGGGCUCAUUCGGAGGCGCGGUUGA